AUGAAGGCUAUUGUGGCAGAUUACUUUGCUUAUUUAUUUGCUACGGGUUCACCAUUUGAGUUUGAUGCUGCAAUGGAAGGGUUGGAGUGCCGUGUGACAGAGGAAAUAAAUAUGGUGUUGGAGAAGGAGAAGGAGCCACCAGGGAGGAAAUUAAACAAGCACUGUUCUAAAUGCAUCCGAAUAAAUCAACGGGACCUAACGGAAUGCUCUAGUGUUGUUGAUAUCAUCAGGAUUUAUGAGAGAGCAUCUGGUCAGAAAGUUAAUCUUGAGAAGGCGGAAGUAACUUUUAGCAAAUGUGUACCUUUUCAUCGGAGAGCGGAGAUGAUUGAAACUCUAGGGGUGCACAAGGUAGAUAGACAUGAGAAAUAUUUGGGGUCUACCGACUGUGAUUGGAAAGUCAAAGAAGCUGUGUUUGCUUGUCUGAAGAAGAGAAUAUGGAAGAAGUUGAACGGGUGGAAGGAGAAAUUAUUAUUAAGGCCGGUAAAGGAAGUGCUUAUCAAAGCGGUGGCACAAGCGAUUCCCACGUACAUGAUGAGCAUUUUUAAAAUUAUGGAAGGAUUAAUUGAUGAAAUCUAUUCUCUACUCUGCAGAUUUUGGUGGGGCUCUAUGGAAGAUGUGCGUAAGCUCCAUUGA